GUGGGCUGCGAGCCGCCGCCGCCACCAGCCCUGGAAGACGGAGCCUGGCCGAGUGAGGGAGAGGGUUGCAGGAGGGGUGUUUGCGGUUCAUGGUGAGAGACCAGCCCCAGGCAGGCAGGCAGCCUCUGGGGGAAGGAGGUACAAACCCCAGGCGGCCGCCUUCCUUUCGGCGCCAGCAUCCCGCCUCUCUGAACAAUUGAGGAAUUUCCUGCUGCCUCCCCACCACCCCACUUCUGCCCUCCCAUGGGAUACUGAGGUGCGCGGAGCUGCUCCCCCGGUUUACACACGCCUUGGGAGCGAGUGCCUGGACCCCCUCCACGUUGCCAACGCAGCUGGCUGCCCUGCUCCCGAUUCAUUCUCUGGCUGUUCAGGAAACUCUUCUGUUGGAUCCCUGGCCUUUCCCCCAUACCUGGCUCUUUCCCCCUUCUUAUUCUCCCUUUCCCCCCUUCAAAGCUGCCGUUCGAGCUUAUUUCCAUAGACUUGCUCCAUCUCUGGCCCACAUUUGGCCCCAUUCACAAAAGUUCCACUCCGGAGUGACCCCUCGUUUUUUUCUAAGGAUACUUGACAGCCUUGAGAAAAAAAGUUUUCCUCCAGCGCUUGUUGACUUGACUUUUUGCACUCUCCCACCCUUGGGUGGGCAGGGGCCCGACAGGCCCACCAUGCAAAGUGGGGAGCCUGUGUCUACGGCUCCGGCAGCGCCACCGACAGCUAUGAAAGUGUCUGAAAGCGAAGGCAAGCUGGAGAUUUUGAUCCCUGCCCAGAACUGCACAUGCAAGAGCAGCAGUAGUAGUGGCAUCAGCAGCGGUGGGAUCAGCAGUAGCAGAGGAGGAAGCACUACCAAAAGCUGGCAGUAUAGUGACCACAUGGAAAAUAUAUCGGGCUAUUUAAUGAAAUACACAAAUCUUGUCACAGGCUGGCAGUACCGGUAUUUUGUCUUGAACAAUGAAGCUGGUCUCCUGGAGUAUUUUGUGAAUGAACAGCUGAGAAACCAGAAGCCCAGGGGUACAUUACAGCUGGCUGGAGCUGUGAUCUCUCCUAGUGAUGAAGAUUCUCAUACAUUCACAGUGAAUGCAGCUAGUGGAGAACAAUAUAAGCUGAGAGCUACUGAUGCCAAAGAACGGCAGCAUUGGGUCAGCAGGCUUCAGAUAUGCACACAGCACCACACUGAAGCAAUUGGAAAGAACAAUCCUCCUCUGAAAUCUCGCAGCUUCUCUCUCGCAUCUCAAGGAAGUGGCUCCCCUGGUGUGCAAAGAAGACCCAGCCAAAAUGCAGCUUCCUUUUUUAAUGUUGGGCAUCACAAGCUGCCAGCUGGGAGGAGAAUUCCCAUUUUGCAGCCAGAUCAUUUAAUCGAUGUACGAGAGAUGAUGUCGCAAGCUGAGGGACAGCAGAGAGACUUGAUAAGGAACAUAGAAUGUCUUCCUUCCUCUGGCCAUCUUUCUUCCUUGGACCAAGACCUGCUGAUGCUCAAGGCAACCUCUAUGGCCACAAUGAAUUGCUUAAAUGAUUGUUUCCACAUUCUUCAGCUCCAGCAUGCAUCGCAACAAAAAGGAUCCUUACCUACUGGGACAACUAUCAGCUGGUUGGAACCAAAGAUCUCCCUGCCAAACCACUUCAAAAAUGGAGCAGAUCAGAAUUUCCCAGCAGAUCAAAACAAGCCAUCAUCGAUCAGAGAGGAGCAGUCCAUUUCAGGUUCCAGUCAGCUAACCAGGGAACCAGAGGAAAUAAACCCAGAUGAGGAGAUAGAGGAUACAUGUGAACUUAAAGAGGAUGACCUUGGAGCCGUGGAAGAACAGCGUAGCGUUAUCUUGCAUCUCCUGUCUCAACUCAAACUUGGCAUGGACUUAACAAGAGUGGUACUCCCCACUUUUAUAUUAGAGAAACGCUCUUUGCUGGAAAUGUAUGCUGACUUCAUGUCCCACCCAGAUCUCUUCAUUGCGAUUUCCAGCGGCGCCAGCCCCGAGGAGAGGAUGAUCCGCUUUGUGGAAUAUUACCUCACUUCCUUUCAUGAAGGUCGCAAAGGGGCGAUAGCGAAAAAGCCAUACAACCCGAUCAUCGGGGAAACGUUUCACUGCUCGUGGAGGAGCCGAGUACCGUCCGACACGAGUAGUAACUCUUCGUCCCAUUCCCUCUCUGAGCAAGGGACUGUCUCAGAAGAGUCACAGGAACAAGCAGAAUCGGACUACCACACAGUCAGAUUUGUAGCGGAACAAGUGUCCCAUCACCCUCCAGUCUCAGGGUUUUAUGCUGAAUGUGUAGAAAGGAAUAUGUGUGUCAAUGCUCACGUCUGGACUAAAAGUAAAUUCCUAGGAAUGUCAAUAGGAGUGACUAUGGUUGGCGAAGGUAUUUUAAGUCUCUUGGACCAUGGAGAGGAAUACACGUUUUCUCUGCCUUGUGCAUAUGCUCGGUCGAUUCUGACUGUCCCUUGGGUAGAACUGGGAGGAAAAGUCAGUGUUAAUUGUGCAAAAACGGGAUACUCUGCAAGUAUUACUUUCCAUACCAAACCAUUCUAUGGCGGCAAGCUUCACCGGGUUACCGGUGAGGUGAAACAGAAUGCUACCAACACUGUUGUCUGUAGAGUGCAAGGGGAAUGGAAUAGCAUCCUUGAAUUCACCUACAGCAAUGGAGAGACAAAAUGCAUGGACUUGACAAAGCUGUCUGUCACAAGAAAACGAGUCCGACCCAUUGAGAAACAAGGGGCAUUUGAAUCCAGGAAGCUGUGGCAACAUGUGACAGAGUCUCUGAGGGACGGGGACAUUGAUAAGGCGACAGAACAUAAGAAAGCACUUGAGGAACGGCAGAGAAAUGAAGAACGACUCCGGGCUGAGACAGGAGAACCGUGGCAAACUAAGUACUUCGUCAAAGAUGGAGAGGGCUGGGUUUAUUAUAACCCUCUUUGGAAAAGAAUGCCUGCCGUACAAAAUCAACCAGCAGACACAAACUAGAUGACAUUUCUUCAAAAUUAUUCUUCUCUUUUGUUCUAAUCCCUACAACUUCCAAAAUGCUGUGUCUCACUAACAGUCCUUUGGGAUUUUUAUACAAUUGCACAAAAUUAAGUAAGCAUAAUGGAAUAAACUACUAGGGCACUUUAAAGUUGCAGAAAAUCAAAAGAUAGCGAGAGAGAAGCUUGCCAGGUAUGUCUUCUCCCCCCACUUCAAAAAACAUUUUAUAUGGCACUGAAGAUUUUAUCUGAACUGUGUAUUGUAUUCUUUCUAAGCACACCUACUGCAAAAGCUGCCUAAGAUGUUUUAUUUAUAUAUA